CGGAGGGGCUGAGCAUCAGCGAGAGUAGCUGCUAGCAGCCGCGGCGGCGGGGCGUUGCAGUUGCGCCAUCUGUCAGGAGCCGAGCCGGCGGGAGGGGGCUGCGGGAGAGGAGGAGGGGUCGCCGGUUGUCUGAAGAGGCAGGAUGCUGAUCUAGACGUGGAAAAAGACCAGUCCUGCUGCUGUUGGAGAAGACAUGUGGUGCAUAUAAAGUCUGUGGUAGUUGGCAGAAAUUUUAGAGUUUAGAUAAUGGGCUGUGUGCAAUGUAAGGACAAAGAAGCAACAAAACUGACGGAGGAGCGGGAUGGAAGCCUGAACCAGAGCUCCGGGUACCGCUAUGGCACAGACCCCACCCCACAGCAUUACCCCAGCUUCGGCGUGACCUCCAUCCCCAACUACAACAACUUCCAUGCGGCGGGGGGCCAGGGGCUCACCGUCUUUGGAGGGGUGAACUCCUCGUCUCACACUGGGACCUUGCGUACAAGAGGAGGCACAGGAGUGACUCUCUUCGUGGCUCUUUAUGACUAUGAAGCACGAACAGAAGAUGACCUGAGCUUUCACAAAGGAGAAAAGUUUCAAAUACUGAACAGCUCGGAAGGAGACUGGUGGGAAGCCCGCUCCUUGACAACUGGAGAGACUGGUUAUAUUCCCAGCAAUUAUGUGGCACCAGUUGACUCUAUCCAAGCAGAAGAGUGGUACUUUGGAAAACUUGGCCGCAAAGAUGCAGAGCGACAGCUUCUGUCCUUUGGAAACCCAAGAGGUACCUUUCUUAUCCGUGAGAGCGAAACCACCAAAGGUGCCUAUUCACUUUCUAUCCGCGAUUGGGAUGAUAUGAAAGGAGACCAUGUCAAACAUUAUAAAAUUCGCAAACUUGACAAUGGUGGAUACUACAUCACCACCCGGGCCCAGUUUGAAACACUUCAGCAGCUUGUACAGCAUUACUCAGAGAAAGCUGAUGGUUUAUGUUUUAACUUAACUGUGAUUUCAUCGAGUUGUGCCCCACAAACCUCUGGAUUGGCUAAAGAUGCUUGGGAAGUUGCACGUGACUCGUUGUUUCUGGAGAAGAAGUUGGGGCAGGGGUGUUUCGCUGAAGUGUGGCUUGGUACCUGGAAUGGAAACACAAAAGUAGCCAUAAAGACUCUUAAACCAGGCACAAUGUCCCCUGAGUCGUUCCUUGAGGAAGCGCAGAUCAUGAAGAAGCUGAAGCACGACAAGCUGGUCCAGCUGUACGCGGUGGUGUCUGAAGAGCCCAUCUACAUCGUCACCGAGUACAUGAACAAAGGAAGUUUGCUUGAUUUCUUAAAAGACGGUGAAGGAAGAGCUCUGAAAUUACCAAAUCUUGUGGACAUGGCAGCACAGGUUGCUGCCGGAAUGGCGUACAUCGAGCGCAUGAAUUACAUCCACAGAGACCUGCGAUCAGCAAACAUUCUUGUGGGGAAUGGACUAAUUUGCAAGAUUGCUGACUUUGGAUUGGCCCGGUUAAUUGAAGACAAUGAGUACACAGCCAGACAAGGUGCAAAGUUCCCCAUUAAGUGGACGGCCCCCGAAGCAGCCCUGUAUGGGAGGUUCACAAUCAAGUCUGACGUGUGGUCUUUUGGAAUCUUACUCACAGAGCUGGUCACCAAAGGAAGAGUGCCAUACCCAGGUAUGAACAACCGAGAGGUGCUGGAGCAGGUGGAGCGCGGCUACCGGAUGCCCUGCCCACAGGACUGCCCCAUCUCCCUGCACGAGCUCAUGAUCCACUGCUGGAAAAAGGACCCCGAAGAGCGCCCCACUUUUGAGUACUUGCAGAGCUUUCUGGAAGACUACUUUACCGCCACGGAGCCCCAGUACCAGCCUGGGGAAAACCUGUGAGAGCCAGGUCUACAGAGGCCUUGUCCCAGAGGCUCCCCGCCCCUCCCCAUUAGCUUUCAAUUCUGUAGCCAGCUGCCCAGCAGCGAGAACCGUCCAGGAUCAGAUUGCAUGUGACUCUGAAGCUGAUGAACUUCCACGGCCCUCAUUAAUGACACUGUCCCCAAAUCCAACCUCCUCUGUGAAGCAUACGAGACAGAACCUUGUUAUUUCUCAGACUUUGGAAAAUGCAUUGUAUCGAUGUUAUGUCAAAGGCCAAACCUCUGUUCAGUGUAAAUAGUUACUCCAGUGCCAACGAUCCUAGUGCUUUCCUUUUUUAAAAAUGCAAAUCCUAUGUGAUUUUAACUCUGUCUUCACCUGAUUCAACUAAAAAAAGUAUUAUUUUCCAAAAGUGGCCUCUUUGUCUAAAACAAUAAAAUUUUUUUUCAUGUUUUAACAAAAACCAA